AUGACCACUUUUACGCGCAUUGGUAAGGGCGAUCGGCCUUCAAUCUUUACCACUGCCGACCAAACGAUCGCCCUUAUUGACCCCUUACUCUAUGGAGGCUUUUUAGAGCACAUGGGUCGCUGUAUCUACGGUGGAAUAUACGACCCGAGUAACACCAAUGGCCUUAUCGAUGAGAAUGGAUUUCGGACCGACGUCAUUGAGGCGAUGAAGGAACUCCAAGCGCCCAUCAUACGAUACCCUGGAGGGAAUUUCACGGCUACUUACAGAUGGCUGGAUGGAGUUGGUCCUAAAGAGCAACGCCCGAAGCGGGUCGAAGUCGCAUGGAAAGGAGUUGAGACCAACCAUUUUGGAACGGAUGAAUUUAUGAAAUGGUGUGACCUCGUCGGGGCAGAGCCUUAUUUGGCCUUGAACAUGGGGACGGGCACACUUGAAGAAGCUCUAGCUUGGUUGGAGUAUUGUAACCUUGAUACUGACACCCAUUAUGCGAACCUCCGAAAGCAGAAUGGGCAUGAGAAGCCAUACGGUGUGAAGUACUGGGCAUUAGGAAAUGAAGUUUGGGGCCCGUGGCAAAUCGAACAAUCUUCCAAGGAGGAUUAUGCAAAGAAAGCAUAUCAAUGGGGCAAAGCUUUGAAAACUCUCGACCCAAGCAUCAAACUUGUACUAUGCGGCAAAGACGGACAUAGUGACUGGGAUCGAUUUGUGCUGCAAGAAUGUCUUAAAAUAACCGAUCUGCAUAGUAUACACAUCUACACGUUCGACAUGCAGCACUAUCCAAAUGCCACUAGUCCCAAGUCUGCUGAAAGGGCCAUUGAGAUUACAGCAGCAUUGAUCGAUCUGGCCCGUACUGAGAUGGAUUACGAAUCAUUCCCUCAUUUUUCGACAAAGCCAAAGACACCUCAUAGGCCCAAGAUCGCUUUCGAUGAAUGGAACAUCUGGAAUCCCAUUCGUGCUCCAGGAGACAAGGGUGCAGAGGAAGAAUAUGACGUUUCGGAUAUGCUCGCGGUGGCUCUGUGGCUCAAUGUUUUUGUUCGACAAGCAAAACACAUCGGAAUGGCAGCGAUUGCUCAAAGCGUUAAUGUCAUUGCGCCUUUGAUGACCACGGAGCAAGGAAUUGUCAAACAAACUACUUAUUGGCCACUUCUACUCUUCUCAAGAUAUAUGAGGGGUCAAAGCCUUGCAGUGCAUGUGCGCUCGCCCGCUUACACCGGCUCAACUUCCCCCGAGUGGCUUGCAAGCACAAUGGACAUUCCUAUGCUAGAUGUGUCUGCUGCCUUGGGUGAUGACGAUUAUCUGAAUUUGGCUGUGGUGAAUCUCUCCGAUUCUGAGUCAAUAGAGACUUCUUUACCACCGACAGAGGGCACAGUUCAAGUCUUUACAGUUGGUGGUAAUGAGAACAGUAUCCGGGACUCAAAUGUGUGGGGUUCUACAAAGGUGUCUAUCAUCGAGUCAGAGUGGAACGAAUCGGGUCGAUUUAUUUUCCAGAAGCAUAGCUUUACAUUGCUCAGAUGGAAGGUGAGCCCCUCGCGGCCGUGCCUAGACCUCAGCCUCACAAAAGCUACAAAGGAUAUUGCGGCCGGAGUUGUCAAUUCUUUACAUACUAGAAAUGAAUAA